AUGGAUAACAAAAUAAAUGAAAACAAAGAAAAAACAAGAGAUGAAAACAUAAAAAAAUUAACUGUAUUAAAAAUUUCUUCUAUUAUUAAAGAUGGAGAUAUUUCAAAUUGCAAGGAACUUACUUUAAGAAAUAAGAAUAUAGAAGAAUGUGAAGAAUUAUAUCAAAUGAAAAAUUUAGAUAAAAUUGAUUUAAGUCAAAAUAAAAUAAAAGAUUUGAAAAUGAUUGAAAUGAAUUUAAAUUUACAGAAAAUUAUAUUAGAAAAUAAUUUGAUAUGUAAUGUUGAUUUUUUAAAUAAUAUAAAUAACCUAAUAUAUUUAAAUUUAUCAAAUAAUAAAAUUAAAAUAAUAGAUAGCAUAUGCCAUUUAACAAGUUUAAAAACAUUAAUUUUAGCAUACAAUGAAAUAGAAAAAGUUCCCAAUUUGUCAAAUUUAAAAAAUUUAGAAACAUUAAUUUUAAAGAACAACAAUAUUAAAACAUUUAUUAAACCAACAAAGCAAAUGGCAAAGUUGAAAAAAAUAUCCCUUUCUUUUAAUAAAAUUAGAGAAUUCUGUUUUGGUUCUCAUUUCUGUAAUGUCCAGGAAUUAAGAUUAAAUUCUAAUAAGUUACUAAAUAUUGAAAAAGAUAUAGUUUAUAUGACUUCUUUAAAACUGUUAUUUAUACAGAAUAAUUUUAUUAUUGAACCGAAUUUUUUAAAUUAUUUGAAUGAAUUAAAUUACUUAAAAAAUAUAGUUAUUUCAGAUAAUCCUUUUUUUAAAAAGUUAAGUAUAGAAUUAUUAAAUAUUUUUGUUCAAAAAUCUAAACAGUUAACUAUUAUUAAUUCGGUUAUUAUCCCACAUAACAGAAAAUUUGUGAACUAUUGCUUUGAUUGCUCAAAUAACAACACAUCAUGUUCCCAUAUUUUGAAUAUUAACACAUGUAAAUCGUUAAAAAUUGAAAAAAAGGAAAAAAACAUGCAUAUCAACAAAAAUAACUUACAAAUUAAAAAAAAAGAUAAGGGAAAAAAAAAAAAAAAAAAGAGAAAAGAAUAA